CCCCCAUGCACAGCCCCUGGCCGCGCGGCUUUCCUCCAGACUUCCCUCGUUUCUGUCUGCAGUUUGAGAAAAGAUGGGCGAGCGCGUCGAGCGCCGAGGAAUGUGCGCGCUGACGUCUACGGUCGAGGAGCGCCGUGGGGGCGUGGCCUGAGGGGGCCUAUAAAGACUCUGUGGUGCGCGCACCACCGGUUCAGUGCGGUCGGGUACCCAGGCGGGCAGAGCGGUGGGCGCGGCACGAAGCUGUUGAAGGAGCCACAGGGGAAGGGAGAGGGGCUGCCGGGGUCUCGUCAGGACCGAGCUGCCGCAGUUGGGCCCCCCCGCCCCGGCCGGCGGCCAGAAGAACGCAGGAAGGGGGCCGGGGGGACCCGCCCCCGGCCGGCCAUAGUCAUGAACUCCAACGUGGAGAACCUGCCUCCCCACAUCAUCCGCCUGGUGUACAAGGAGGUGACAACGCUGACAGCCGACCCACCAGAUGGCAUCAAGGUCUUCCCCAACGAGGAGGACCUCACAGACCUGCAGGUCACCAUUGAGGGCCCUGAGGGCACCCCGUACGCUGGGGGCCUGUUCCGCAUGAAGCUGCUGCUGGGAAAGGACUUUCCCGCUUCCCCACCCAAGGGCUACUUCCUAACCAAAAUCUUCCACCCCAACGUGGGCGCCAACGGCGAGAUCUGUGUCAACGUGCUCAAACGGGACUGGACAGCUGAGCUGGGUAUCCGGCAUGUGCUGCUGACCAUCAAGUGCCUGCUGAUCCACCCAAACCCUGAGUCUGCGCUCAAUGAGGAGGCUGGCCGCCUGUUGCUGGAGAACUAUGAAGAGUAUGCAGCGCGCGCCCGACUGCUUACUGAGAUCCACGGUGGUGCCGGUGGGCCCAGUGCCAGGGGCCCCUUGGAGGCUACUGAAACUGCCUCUGCAGAGCCCGGAGCCCCAGGUGGGGCCGAGGGCCCCAUGGCCAAGAAGCAUGCAGGGGAGCGUGACAAGAAGCUGGCAGCCAAGAAGAAGACGGACAAGAAGCGGGCUCUGCGGCGGCUGUAGGGCCUCUUUGUGCCCCUGCCCUCCCUCCUGUCUCUAAAUUAUUUAAAUUAUGGCUGGGGUGGGCUGGGAUCUGGAUUUGGUUUUCUAAAUAAAGUUGGAAAAGCAA